AUCAUCGACAGGGAAAAAUAUUAUUCCAAUAGAUAUAUUCCAAGAAGAGAGACGGAUAUUCCCUCACCUAUUCCAGGUCAUGGGCAGGAGAGAGUACCCAGCAGCUGCUGGGCCAAGCCUGGUAAUACUGGCACUCAGCCUCCUGGUUGUUGUGUCAGGAAUGGAGAUCACCGCCCCCCCUACACUGUAUGCCCUAAAUGGUACAGAUGUACGGCUGUCCUGCAAAUUCAGCUCCUGUUACAAAAUGGACAACAACAAACUCUUCUCCAUGAACUGGACAUACAAGAGCUGUGAGAACUGCAGUGAGGAGAUGUUCAUUCAGUAUAAUAAGAAGAUCUCUUACCACAACCUUGAGCGUUUUCAAAGCCGAGUGGAGUUUAUAGGGAAUCCCAUUAAAAAUGACUUAACGGUGAUGAUCCACGACAUCCAGCUACAAGACGAGGGAUACUAUUACUGUUAUGUUCUGAAUCCACCAGACCGAGAUAGAGGCGUUGGAAAAAAACACCAGUAGCACCAGUGCAGAUUUACAUUAAUGGUAACCACCUAUUGGAGUGUGUGCACAUGGGGCAGAUUUCGGCCUGAAAAAUGCACACUUGAACAGAAAACACCAUAUGUGAGAUUAGAUUUGGGAUCGAAGCCAGCAUCCAAUAGGCCAAAAGCAAAAUCAAUUAUUCUUCAUCUUAAUGGCUAAUUAACAUUUACUGCACUGUUGCUUGGAAGGUCUGUGGCUGAAGUAACAAAGAAGCGUUGUUUGAGGCAAAUUAAUAUAUUAAAUUUAUAAACUAUACAGAAUAAUUAUCUUUGGCAACCUUUUAAUGUGAUUCUCAGCUGAAUGCCUAUUGUUCUCAGCCAAAGAACUGUCUAAAUUAGCCAUGAUUAGUCAUGAUUAGAUACUGAUCUAGAUAAAAAAUUGGUUUGGGUCUAUAACUGGGCAACAAUGGAUUGCCAAAUCAGUUUAAAGUGGCUGCAUUGGCAGCCAAUAUUUGCCUGUGCAUGGUCACUUUAACACUGACAGUCUAUGACGGACUAAGGGCCCCCUUUGUGUAUGUGUGUAUGAUAUUCUGUAAGAUCUGUUUGUGUGUGAGACUUGGGGCCUUUGAAAGUAUUGGAGUUUGCCCUGUUUUGCGUGUAACUGAUAGAAUGGGACAGUCCAUUAACAAAGUCACUGCCAGCUUCUUGUGAUGACACAGCCUUUUAAAUUCUUGUAAUAUUAAGGACUGGGUUUGUGUGAUAAAUGCAUAUCUCUUUGUAUAGUCACUGCAUGUCAUGACUAGGAAGAAAACUGUUACACUGCACUAUAUGUGUUCAUCUGUAUUUUAAAGAUGACUGCUGUGAUGUAAGCAACUCUUAACGCCAUCAAUCCUGGGUGGAACCCAGUGCUAAGUAAUUUUCUGCUGAUUUCUUUGGUGUCAUUAUUUCAGGAUCAAUAAAAUAUCUAAGCCAAAA